AUGAGCUUCUUUUCAUCAUUCUUCGGAGGGAAUAGUUCUACCAACCAAUCUUCGGAUCCAUUACAAGUUAAACUUAAUGAAUUAAAUAGUAAGGCUGAUAAAGUAGUACCACAAAUUGAUAAUAGAAGAACCAUUCAGGAAUAUUUUCAGUUUGGAGCUAAUCUGAUUAGACAGGCUGGGCAAUAUAAAAAGAGUGAGGACUAUGAAAAUGCUUAUAUUUAUUUGAAGGCCUUUGAAAUUUUGAUUUCUAAUCGUAUUCCUUAUCAUCCACAAAUUGAAAUGAGUAGAGCGGAAUAUAAUUAUAAUUUAGAGAAAUUGAAACAAUUCCAACCAGAAAUUGAAAAAAUCAAACAACAAUUGAAAGUCCAAUGCACACCUCAACAAAAAACUCCAUCAUUCAAUCCUUAUUCGAAUGAAACCAACUCCUAUCCUCAACAACAACAACAAUAUCCACCUCAACAACAACCUCAAUAUUCGCAACAAUACAUUCAACCACAACAACAACAACAGUACAAUAAUCAAUCAGGUAAUAGAAAAUCACUCCCUCCUCUUCCACCUAACAUGAUGACAACAAAUAAUACUCAAAUUGUUUCAACUCAAAAGAGAAAUCUACCACCUCCACCUUCAUCUUCUUCAGGAUUGACAAAACAAGAAGCUGUUGUUUAUAACUCUGUUGGAAAUGUUGUUUACAAUGAUAAAUUCCAAUCUGCUAUGGGAAAUCAAGUUGCCAACAUGGCUCAAAAUGAAAAGAUCCAAACUGCUGUUGCUACAGGUGUUGCCACAGCAUCAACAAACAGAAAUAUUCAGAGAAGUGUAGGUGAUGCUAUUGCAUCAUCGAGUGACAGCUAUAUGGUUCAAAGUUUGGCAAGAAAUGAAUCAGUUCAACAAACAGUAGGUGUAGUGGUUGCUAACACUGUAGGAAACAAGGAAGUUCAACAAAAGGUUGGCUCCUACAUUGCUAAAGCAGCCACCAAUAAGGAAGUACAACAAAAGGUUGCUAAAGGGUUCAUGACUCUAGUCAAGGGCACAAUCAAGGGAGGUCAAAUUGUUGGAAAGGCAGCUAUUGACGGAGGUAAAGUUGUAACUAAAAUGGCCAUUGAAGAAGGAAAGAAACAAUAUAACAAUCAAUAA